UCUUAUCCGGCUGCUGCUGUUGUUGUUGUUGUUGUUGUUGUUAUUGUUGAAGUUGGGUUGCUACAUAUCAGUGGAUGCAUCAUGGCCGACCCGUUGAGGAGACUCACCAACACGGCCUCGUUCAGCCUGCUGCAGGACAAGCUGGAGAGCUGGCACCGGGACUACCACACUAUUUCUUGCGAGGAGAAUUUAAAUCGAUGUUGUGAGCUGAUCGAGCUUUCUGCAAAGAUCCAGAGCCAGCUGUUCACCAUCCUCAACCUCGUGGCUGCUGAAGGUGGACAGUAUGCAGGCGUGGACACUCUCAAAACGCGGCUGCUGCCGUGGCUCGGGACCUGCUUCUCCAUGGCGACGCCCUCGGUCACCGACGACAGCAGCCUGCAGCUCAUCCAGGACUCGGUGGAGAAGGACCGGCGGAUCAGGAAGCUCUCCGUGCACCACGUCAGCGACAAGCAGAAGCUCUGCUCCACCCGCCUGCAGCUGGACUCCACCCGGGCAGAGCUGGUGGAUGCUCAGGUGGAACUGGAUCAGACGAAGAGCCAAUCAGCGACCACCCUGCUGGCCACCGAGGAGGAGAUAUUACAGCUGAGAGCAGACUUGCGCUCUGCACACGAGCAGCUGGACGUCUACAGGAGGAAGAUGAAGAACACCGACGAUGACGAGCGGCAGAUCCGCCUCCUGAGGGACGAGGUGUCCUACCUGAGCCAGGAGAAGGCCCAGCUGCAGGAGAAGUGGGCGUCCCGCUCCCCGACCCCCCCCCUGAGGCUCCCCCGCUCCUCGCCCCCCACCUCGAGGAGCGACUCCCCCACCAGAGCUCAGCUCACCAACUCGUCGCGCCGCUCGCGCCUCGUGUCGCGCUUCAGCAACCUGCACGCCGUGGAGCGCCUGGAGGCCCAGGCCACGCUGCGGCGCCACGUGGCCGACCUGGACAUGGUGCAGAAGAUCAUCUUCAUCGCCGUGGAGGAAUCCUUUAAGUCGUCUAAACUGGCUUUCCGCCACUUCAAGCUGCGCGUGAGGAAGACGAUGAGCCCGUCCCUCCUCGGGCUGGACGGGGCUGAGGCUGCAGCCGUGGACUACAUCGUGAGGAACAUGGACCUCCACGACAUCCAGACCAGCGUCAACGAAGUGAUCGGCGCCAUGAACGUGAACCCUCGGAUCUCCUUCCCGCCGGAGGUGGACUUCGUCCUCAUCAGCACGCUGAUCAGGGAGACCUGCAGGGUGGCGUUCGCCAUGCAGACGCUGGACCCGCCGCCCGACCUGGCCUUCGCCAGCGACGGGGAGCUCUACGACGACAGGAAGUAUCGCCGUAGCUACGACUCUGAGCUGUCGGCUCCUCUGGUGAUGUACCACGUGUGGCCGGCUCUGGUGGAGGGCGACGCCGUGGUGCUGAAGGGAGAGGCUGUGACCAGAAGGGGCGCUGUGUGGCGGCGCGGCGGCGGCGGCGGUCCGGUUCGCUCUCGCUCUCUCAGCCCGACUCGUUCCCUCGCGUUCAGCAGCAGGAGGAGUCUGUCUCCCGGACGGCUCACGGCGAGCCGCCUGUGACCUCACCGCCAAGUCAAAUAGAGUUUUACCUGUUUUAAAUUCACAUUUCACACGUUAAGACGUUUGUUUUCAUUCCAAAUAAAGCAAUAAAAACCUGUGAGUUUACAUGGUUGGAGAGCUACAGGUCAGUUAGCAUCCACACGAGCAACGGGGAGCUAACGGCGCGGCGGAACUGUGCACAGCAGCGUGCACGUUUCAAUACAAGCAGUCCUCAAACGUGCACUCUUUUACUCUUUUAAUUUACACGUUACUUUUAACAACGAUGCUUCAGGAGGAUCGUGAGCAGAUCUCAGACGCUCAAUGUUAGCCUAGCAUGAGAAAACGUGAAGUUAGCUAAAGUUAGCACUAAUUAGCCGAUGUGGCUAACGCAGCAGGUGAAAGUCACCAGCUAACGCUAGAUCUACUCACAGUAUUUUAU